AUGAUGAGAUGCCUCACUGUCACCGUCAUCAUUUUUCUGUUUCUUUUUUUGUCUGUGGUGCAAAAUUGUAAGUCUGAAACAAGUAAAUCAGGAGAUUAUAUCAUAUACAUGGGAGCAGCAUCUUCUGAUGGCUCAACAGACAAUGACCAUGUUGAACUUCUGAGCUCAAUGUUCAAGCGGAGCGGCAAGACCCCUAUGCACAUAUACAAACAUGGUUUCUCUGGAUUUGCAGCCCAUUUAUCAGAAGAUGAAGCACACCUCAUGGCUAAGCAACCGGGAGUAGUAUCUGUCUUCCCUGAUCAGAUGUUAGAGCUCCACACAACUCGUUCAUGGGAUUUCCUGGUGCAAGAAAGUUAUCAAAGAGAGACUUACUUCACUGAAAUGAACAAUCAACAAGAAUUCGAUGUGCAUGAAGGAGACACCAUUAUCGGUUUCAUUGAUUCAGGAAUCUGGCCCGAGGCACAGAGCUUUGAUGACAGGCACAUAGGUCCAGUUCCAGAGAGAUGGAAGGGAACUUGUAUGAGAGGGAAGAAGACACAACCUGGUUCUUUCCAUUGCAACAGAAAACUAAUAGGAGCAAGGUAUUACAAUUCGUCAUACUUCUUAGACCCCGAUUAUGAGACACCACGAGACUUUUUGGGGCAUGGGACACAUGUGGCAUCAAUAGCAGCGGGGCAAAUAAUCUCUGAUGCAUCCUACUAUGGCUUGGCAAGUGGAAUUAUGAGAGGAGGUUCAACAAAUUCAAGAAUAGCUAUGUACAGAGCGUGCUCAGUCCUUGGCUGUCGUGGCUCUAGCAUACUAGCUGCAUUUGAUGAUGCAAUCGCAGAUGGAGUUGAUGUCAUAUCAAUAUCAAUGGGCUUAUGGCCAGACAAUUUACUUGAAGACCCGCUUGCCAUCGGGUCAUUUCAUGCCGUGGAAAGAGGGAUAACUGUCGUUUGUUCUGCAGGAAAUUCUGGCCCAUCGAGUCAAAGUGUGGUCAAUGCUGCUCCAUGGAUGAUCACUGUUGCUGCCAGCUCUAUUGACCGUGGCUUUGAGUCCAACAUUCUUCUGGGAGGAAAUUCAAGCAAAUUAAUCAAGGGGUUUGGAAUAAAUAUUGCUAAUAUAGAUAGUACCCAUGCUAACCCACUUAUACACGCACGAUUAGCCAAGAAGAUAGAUGCUAAUGAGGAAGCUGCUAGGAACUGCGCACCUGAUACAAUGAACCAAACCAUUGUUCAGGGAAAGAUUGUUGUGUGCGACAAUGAUCUUGGUGACCAGGUGAUUCAGUGGAAAAGCGAAGAGGUUAAGAGACUUGGAGGGGCUGUAAUGAUAAUUAUUGACGACGAGACACUGGAUCUGUCUUUUAUUGAUCCCUCAUUUCUGGUGACAAUAAUAAAACCAGAGGACGGGAUACAAAUAAAGUCCUACAUAAAUUCAACAAGAGAACCAAUUGCAACGAUCAUGCCUACAAGAUCACGAACAGGACAUAUGUUAGCACCAUCCAUACCAUCCUUCUCAUCAAGAGGACCUUACUUGCUUACCAGAAGCAUCCUCAAGCCUGAUAUUGUAGCGCCUGGGGUCAACAUACUGGCCUCGUGGUUAGUAGGUGACUUAAAUGCUGCACCAGAAGGAAAGCCACCACCACUCGUCAACAUUGAAUCAGGGACUUCAAUGUCAUGCCCCCAUGUCUCCGGUAUUGCUGCUCGACUCAAAUCCAGAUACCCUUUAUGGAGUCCUGCAGCAAUCAGAUCCGCCAUCAUGACAACAGCUGUGCAAAUGACCAACUUAGGAACCCAUAUAACAACAGAGGCAGGGGCCAAGGCCACACCUUAUGACUUUGGUGCUGGACAGGUCACUAUAUUUGGACCUUCGUCCCCUGGACUGGUUUAUGAAACCAAUCACAUGGAUUACCUGAACUUUCUCUGCUACUUUGGGUACACUACAGACCAGAUCAGAAAGAUCUCAAAGCGAAUACCAAAUGGUUAUGCAUGUCCUGAACAAAGCAGCAGGGAAGACAUAUCUAACAUCAACUACCCAUCAAUCUCAAUAUCGAACUUCAAUGGACAAGAAAGUAGAAGGGUAAGGAGAACAGUGACAAAUGUAGCAUCACGACUCAUUGGAGAUGAAGAUACUAUCUACACUGUGAGCAUCGAUUCACCAGAAGGGUUACUAGUCAGAGUUAUACCAAGAAGACUACAUUUUAGGAAGAUAGGAGAUAAACUUAACUACCAAGUGAUAUUUUCAUCUACUACAUCCUCCACACUCAAGGAAGAUGCAUUUGGAUCAGUCACAUGGUCUAACGGAAUGUUCAGCGUGCGUAGUCCAUUCGUUGUAAGCAGCAAAGGCGACGAUAGCAGCAAAGAUUAA